AUGCUUCGUACAAGAACGCUUUUAUCAAGAUUCGGCCCAUUUGGUCAAUUGAGACUAUCUUCAACUAUUUCCAUCCCAAGCACACAGAAGGGUGUCAUCUUCUAUGAAAGUGGUGGGAAAUUGCACUACAAGGACCUCGCGGUCCCCAAGCCACGUAACAACGAAAUUUUGGUGAAUGUGAAAUACUCCGGUGUCUGUCACACAGACUUGCACGCUUGGAAGGGUGACUGGCCAUUGGAUACAAAACUACCUCUUGUUGGUGGUCACGAAGGUGCUGGUGUGGUCGUCGCCAAGGGUGAAAACGUCAAGAAUUUUGAAAUUGGCGAUCUAGCAGGUAUUAAGUGGUUGAACGGAUCCUGUCAAUCCUGUGAGAUGUGUGAAAUGGGUCACGAGUCUAACUGUGCACAUGCGGAUCUAUCGGGUUAUACUCACGAUGGUACCUUCCAACAAUAUGCGACUGCUGAUGCUAUCCAAGCUGCACACAUUCCAAAAGGUACCGACCUAGCAGGUGUGGCUCCAAUUUUAUGUGCAGGUGUCACCGUCUACAAGGCAUUGAGGAGCUCAGGUGCAAGACCUGGUGAAUGGGUUGCUAUCUCCGGUGCUGCUGGUGGUCUUGGUUCAUUGGCAACUCAAUACGCCAGGGCAAUGGGUUUGAGAGUUGUUGGUAUUGAUGGUGGUGAAGACAAGGCUAAAUUGUUCAAAUCUCUUGGUGGUGAAAUUUUCAUCGACUUCACCAAGGAGAAAGAUAUCCCAGCCGCUAUCUUGGAGGCAACCCAAGGUGGUGCUCACGGUGUUAUUAACGUUUCAGUUUCUGAAAAGGCAAUGUCUCAAUCUGUUGAAUACGUUAGACCUCAAGGUACAGUUGUGCUAGUCGGUUUACCAGCCAAUGCUGUUAUCAAGUCUAAUGUCUUCAAUCACGUCGUCAAGUCUUUCUCUAUCAAGGGUUCUUAUGUGGGUAACAGAGCCGAUUCUAGAGAGGCCGUAGAAUUCUUUUCAAGAGGUCUGGUAAAGAGUCCUAUCAAGAUUGUUGGAUUGAGUGAAUUACCAAAAAUUUAUGAAUUGAUGGAAGCUGGUAAGAUCUUGGGUAGAUACGUUGUAGACACUUCCAAAUAA